AUGUGGCUUGUCAAUACGAAGACCCUCGCCCUCGAGAGCUUCGCGGAGCCCUCCGAAAUCGACUAUGCCAUACUCUCGCACACUUGGGAGAGCGGCGAGAUCUCUUUUCAGGAGAUGUCCUCCACCGCUGUGGCGUCAACGACGAAAAGCAAGGCAGGCUUUGACAAGGUCGCAAAGACCUGUGAGAUUGCACAGGAGAAGGGCCUGGGAUACGCCGCCGAGCUCAGCGAAGCCAUUAACUCCAUGUUUCGAUGGUACCAGGAGGCGAAGGUCUGCUUGGUAUUUCUCUCGGAUCUCCGCCCGGAAGUUGGCAGUACUGGGCCUGGGAUCCAUAAGAUAUCCGAUCUGUCUAGGUGCAAGUGGUUCACUCGCGGCUGGACGCUGCAAGAGCUCAUCGCGCCGGCCGCUGUGGAGUUUUACGAUGCUGGGUGGAAGUUGAGGUUCUCCAAAGACUUAUGGUCGGGGCGUCUAUCGACGAUAACCAACAUCGAUAUCGAUAUCUUGACAUUCGGGAAGGAACUAUCGGCUGUUCCCGUUGCCGUCAAAAUGUCAUGGGCAGCGCAUCGCCGAACUACCCAUGUCGAGGAUCGGGCCUACUUCCUCUUUGGGCUCUUCGACAUCCACAUCCCCGUGAUCUACGGCGAGGGCAGAAAAGCCUUUCAGCGACUCCAAGAAGAGAUUGCCAAGGAGACAGAUGACUUGUCGCUAUUCGCCUGGGUAGCAGUUGAUGAUAAUCAGCGGUAUAGAGGCAUGUUUGCCCAAGAACUAGCGGAGUUCACAUUCUGCGGCAAUUACAUGCGAUGCAAUCGACUCACAUCAGACCGGAAUGGAUUCUCCAUCACCAACAAAGGCGUCCGAUUUACCUACGUCUUAGGCGUGAACACGGACGCAAGCGCCACUUGGCUGCUCCCUUUUUUGAUGCAAGGGAAUUGCCAGAAGUGCCACUAUCAGCAUAGCAUUUACAUCGGCCUAGUUUUCACCGCCGAGGGCUGGGUCCGCGCGACGCCUGGGCGCUGCCGGUAUGAGAGCGAUGGGCCGUCAUUUCCCAGUUUUAUCGACGUGUGCGUCAGGAAGACGGUCACGGCCUCAGAGAGCCGCAGACUCGAGCAGCGGCCGGGCCACUUCUUCAAGCUGGAAUGGGCUCCAGGAGACUGCCUCAGCAGAUGUGGCAAGCUUCUCGCGGCCGAGCCCAGCUUCCUCUGGAACCCCGUCUAUCGGGGGUUCGUGGGGGAGGCCCAGGCUGAAGAAUUUAUGGGCAUCAUCAAGUUGUCCUUGAGCGCCCUGCCUUCGAAUGUCAUCAUCUGUCUAGUUCUGUUCAAGGUCAAAGAUCGACCGCCUGAGGUUCAGCUCUUCCUGGUCCCAGACUGGCCAUGGGAGCUGAAGGAGGGCAUAGUCUAUCCUAAGGGUACCUCUUCGUCGGAAACAGACAUGCGGUUGUACAAGCGUUCCCUGCUACCUUAUUCCCCUAGUAACUUGUCGUCUGCCCGGGCUACCUGCUGUCAUGGCCAAUUCUCUUUUGAUGUAACAGUCACAGCAGAGGUGGAUGAGAAGAUGCGCCUUAUACUAUCUUGCAAAUAUCUCAAGGAGCCUCAAAGGGUACAGGAGCAAAAAGGGCUUCCAUUCCUUCCCAUGGCAGACCUGAUACGAUAUAUGUCAGACAAAUGA